AUGGUUGGUGAGAAAAAAACGGAAAUGAAAAAAUGAAUCGCCAAAUGCGCGUCACUAUCGAGGUCUCGCAGCGGAGAUGCUGUACCUUUGAACUUUUCUGUGAAAUUUCGUCAAAGUGUUUGCGGACCACGGAAUUUACUUUUUUUUCGUUUUCAAAAAAAAAAGUGAAGUACGCGUUUUUCAACUGAAACAAGUUCCAGGCAAAAAUGGCACGUUACAUAAUGAUAAGUCAUAAAGAAACAAGCGACUGUCACGAAGAAAAUGAGCAUUUGAUGGGGCUUUUCGUAAGUUUGCGUGUUGUUUUUUAUCUUCGAAAAUUAGAAUUUUUUUCAGAAAUUGUACAAUUUCAAUAAUUAUAUGGUAGAUAGAAGUGCUUUGCGAUGCACAAACAAUCUUUGCAAUAAAACGUUUUGUUUUAUUUUAAAAGAUGAUGAUUAUAGAAGAUUGAGAGAAACAGUUUGCACUUCGGGAAAAGUCAGAUGGUUGACGCAUGAUUCGAUUGAAGAGUUGGCCAAAAUUCAUUUCAGAAUUAUCGAUCAAUCGGAUAUUCUCAAGGAAUCUACACAAUCCCAAACAGAUGGAAUCGAAGUAUUGAAUAAAGAAGUUGAAACUGAUAAAUAUAUUGGAAAAGAUAUGGAAGUUCAAACUGAAGUUGUUGUGAUUCAAGAAAAUAGAGAAGCAGAUGAAAUGACUGAAGAACAACAAAACGAAGAAGUCAGUGAUGGACAACAAAGCGAUGAAGAAGAAAGUGACGAAGAAGAAAAAGAAAGUGAUGCAGAAGAAAGUGACGCUGAAAAAAGCGAUGAAGAAGAAGAGGAAGAAGUAAUUCCUCCAGAACUUCUCCUCAAAAAUCGUGUAGAUCCGGAAACUCUUGUCAAAAUUCCUUGCAAUGGAGAUAUUUCAUUUGUCUCAGUGAAAUCAGAACCAGAUGAUUCGUUUUAUUCCAAUGAUUCGUGUCCAAUUCCAACAAAAAAAUACAAAUCUACCAGCUAUUCUUCUUUCUUGUUUGACAGUGUCGAAUGCGAAAAGUGUUUGAUCCAAUUGGAAGUUGGAAAAAACGAGCAAAUCAGACAACAUAUUAUCGAAGAGCACUGUAAAUAGUGAGUUUUUGUAACUUGUUUUUGUGCGAAACAAAAUCGGUUUUUUUCAGUAAACGAUUUGAAUGCCAAUUAUGUCACACAAAAUAUUCAUUAUUGAAAGAAUGCGAAGAGCAUUUGAAAUUGGAGCACCCAACACAGAUUAUUGAAAAUAUUUUUAUUGAUAAUGUGUGAGUUUUUUCCCCAAAAAUUCAAGUUCAUCUCAAAUUAAAUGUGUUUUUUCAGCAACCAAAGAUAUAUUGAAGAAGUUCGUCGCAUCUGCAAAACAACAUUCCCCGAAAUUUUCAAAGAAAUAAAUGGAGUCGCAAUUAGCGAUGUUAUUCCUGGAAUGACAACUGAAGCCGAACAAUCGGUUUUCCCUAAAUUUUAA